AUGGAUGGAUGGAUGGAUGGGGAUAUCUCCGUAAGGGAACUUGACACUGUAGGUAACCUUAUUAGGGAGAUCCUGAUAAAGUUGUGCGCUAUGAUCAUGAUGGACGGAGUACUCCACAUGUGUGUAUCCUUCUCCAGCCUAGGAGGUAGAAAUGAUUUAUUUAUUUGGAAUGUGCCAUGCCAGCGCGUCGUCAUCAAGACGUCAUUCGUAAGGUUAAGCCGGGCAGGCAGACAGGCAGGCAGGCAGGCGGGCGGGCAGCCAAGUCCUGAGCAAAGACAAGAAAGAAUCAAGAAUGCUACUGCUAUCAGUGAGUGCAAGGAUCACAUUCACAAGGAGCGAGCGGGAGCGGGAACUAAGACGUCGAUCUACAAGCCCGCUGGAGACUGGAGAACGCAUCAGCCAUCAGCCAACCGGCUAUCCGAUCCGAUCCGCAAGAUGGAUCCAGUACGGAAGAAUAAUAACUGCAUGUAUGUAUGUAUGCACAGACGAACCAAGAAUGAUAUUACUCCGUACUGUCGCAUCUGCUUGCCUGCCUGCGUCGUAGAUCGUUCUACUGUAACUGAACAUGACGGGUCGAUCCGUAGGAAUCAGGCUUAUUCUCCAGUCUUCCACAGCCAUGGAGGGGCAACUAACUAG